GGGGUUCUGGGGAAGGCCUGGGAGGAACCUCGUCCUCCCGGAGCGAGCGGCAAGAUGAAUUUCUUUCGCGGGGUGAUGGGGGGUCAGAGCACCGGACCCCAGCCCUCGGGGGCCGAGACGAUACAAAAACUUUGUGACCGAGUAGCUUCAUCGACUCUUUUGGAUGAUCGGAGAGAUGCUGUCCGUGCUCUCAAAUCAUUAUCUAAGAAAUAUCGUUUGGAAGUAGGUAUCCAAGCUAUGGAACAUCUGAUCCAUGUUUUGCAGACAGACCGUUCAGAUUCUGAAAUAAUAGGUUAUGCUUUGGACACACUCUACAAUAUAAUGUCUAAUGAUGUAGAAGAAGAAGAGCAAGAAGACAAUUCUUCAAAACAAAGUGAUGAUUUGGGAGGCCAAUUUACAGAAAUUUUCAUUAAACAGCAAGAGAAUGUCACACUUCUUUUAUCUCUCUUGGAGGAGUUUGAUUUCCAUGUUCGCUGGCCUGGGGUGAAGCUUCUUACCACACUUUUAAAACAGCAGGGGCCACAAGUGCAGCAGAUUAUUCUCGUCAGUCCUAUGGGUGUUUCAAGAUUAAUGGAUUUGCUCGCCGAUUCCAGGGAAGUUAUACGUAAUGAUGGCGUCUUAUUACUACAGGCAUUGACAAGAAGUAAUGCAGCAAUCCAGAAAAUAGUUGCUUUUGAAAAUGCUUUUGAGAGGUUACUGGAUAUCAUUACAGAGGAGGGGAACAGUGACGGAGGUAUAGUAGUUGAAGAUUGUCUCCUCCUGCUUCAAAAUUUGUUGAAGAACAAUAAUUCCAAUCAGAAUUUUUUUAAAGAAGGUUCAUACAUUCAGCGUAUGAAACCUUGGUUUGAGGUUGGUGAUGACAAUUCUGGCUGGUCUGCACAGAAAGUGACUAAUCUUCAUCUGAUGCUUCAGCUUGUUCGUGUUCUGGUAUCACCUACAAAUCCUCCAGGUGCUACCAGCUCAUGCCAGAAGGCAGUGUAUCUCUGUGGAUUGUUGCAACAGCUUUGUAUUAUCUUAAUGGCUACUGGUGUUCCUGCUGAUAUUCUGACUGAGACCAUUAACACUGUAUCAGAAGUUAUUCGAGGCUGGCAAGUAAACCAAGACUACUUUGCAUCUGUCAAUGCACCUUCAAACCCACCACGGCCUGCAAUUGUUGUGCUUCUGAUGUCCAUGGUUAACGAAAGGCAGCCAUUUGUGUUGCGCUGUGCUGUUCUCUACUGUUUCCAGUGUUUCUUGUAUAAAAACCAGAAAGGACAAGGGGAAAUUGUGGCCACGCUUCUACCUUCUACCAUUGAUGCUACAGGUAUCUCAGUCUCUGCCGGUCAGCUGUUAUGUGGAGGCCUCUUUUCUACGGAUUCCCUUUCAAACUGGUGUGCUGCCGUGGCCCUGGCCCAUGCUUUGCAAGAAAAUUCUACUCAGAAGGAACAGCUGCUGCGGGUCCAGCUUGCCACAAGCAUCGGCAACCCGCCAGUGUCUCUGCUGCAGCAGUGCACUAACAUCCUCUCUCAGGGUGAUAAGAUCGACAGACGGGGGAGCAAAGUACAAACACGAGUUGGGUUAUUAAUGUUGCUUUGUACCUGGUUAAGCAACUGUCCUAUUGCUGUCACACACUUUCUCCACAAUUCCGCCAAUAUUCCAUUUCUUACAGCACAAAUAGCAGAAAAUCUUGGAGAAGAGGAGCAGUUGGUUCAAGGCUUAUGUGCCCUCUUGUUGGGCAUUUGCAUUUAUUUCAAUGAUAAUUCACUUGAGAACUAUAUGAAAGAGAAACUGAAACAACUCAUCGAGAAGAGAAUUGGCAAAGAGAACUUCAUAGAGAAGCUGGGUUUCAUUAGCAAGCAUGAGCUAUACUCGAGAGCUGCCCAGAAACCUCAGCCCAGUUUUUCUAGCCCAGACCACAUGAUGUUUGAUCAUGAGUUUACAAAGUUAGUGAAAGAACUUGAAGGUGUCAUAACAAAGUCCAUUUAUAAGUCUAGUGAAGAAGAUAAAAAGGAGGAAGAGGUGAAGAAAACUUUGGAGCAACACGACAGCAUUGUCACUCACUACAAAAAUGUGAUCCGAGAGCAGGAUUGCCAGCUUGAGGAAUUAAGACAACAGGUUUCUACCCUAAAAUGUCAAAAUGAACAGCUGCAGACAGCCGUCACACAGCAAGUGUCUCAGAUCCAGCAGCACAAGGACCAGUAUAAUCUCCUCAAAGUCCAGCUAGGAAAAGACAAUCAGCAUCAUGGUUCUCAGAGUGAUGGAGCUCAGGUGAACGGCAUUCAGCCAGAAGAGAUUAGCAGGUUGAAAGAAGAGGUAAAAGAAUUAAAAAAUAAGCAAGAACUUUUACAAGGCCAGUUGACUGAAAAGGACUCCUUGAUUGAAAAUUUGAAGGCUGCCCAGUUAGCGCCUGGGAAAACGGAACAGUCUCCAGAGGCUUCUCUGGAUGGCGAUCCUGAGCAGAACACCAAGCUGCAGUGGGCUAAAUCCAUUCCAGUAUCAGGAGACAAUGGCACCGUGACGACGGCAAAGCCCACCGACGUGGAGGGCAGGCUCUCUGCGCUGGUGCAGGAGACUAAGGAGUUAAAGAAUGAAGUUAAAGCUCUGUCUGAGGAGAAGGCGUCCAUAAAACAGCAGUUGGAUUCAUCAAACAGCACCAUUGCGAUCUUACAGAAUGAGAAAAGCAAGCUGCAGCUGGGGCUUGCAAAAUCUAGCAAAGAACAGGAUGACCUGUUGGUGCUGCUGGCUGAUCAGGAUCAGAAAAUAAUUUCACUCAAAAGCAAACUCAAGGAACUCGGUCACCCGGUUGAAGAUGAAGAUGAAGAUGAACUUGGAUCUGGAGACCAGACUGGAAACGAUGACAUUGAUGAUGACGUCGAUGACGAUGACGACGACGAUGAUGAUGAAGAUGAUGAUGACAACAGUGACGAUGAAGACAAUCGUCAUAAUGCUAAUGAAAUAGUGGAGGGGUCAGCCUAAGCUUUAAAGUGUCUCUAGAAGUAAUAGAGAUUACUAUGUAACUUUUAAGACAGAGCCUCAAAGACAAUACUUUGGUCUUUCUUCACACAUAAUAAAGAUUUUUAGGAAGCAAAUGGAAAGCAUUCACUAAAAGACUAUUGCCGUGUUUCUGAAAUGAAGCCACCCAUGGUUUUUUUUUUGUUUUUUUGUUGUUAAAGAAAAAGGCCUAGGUAUGGGUAAAACACACAACUGUGUUUUAUUUAAGUUCUUUUGAACUCUUUUAGAAGAUGACCAUCUCUUAGCUUUAGACACCAAAAAUGUACCAUUCAAAGCAUGAGGUAGCCGUACAAUUUGCCUUCGUUCUUUGGUCAUUUACAGAAGUCUCUGCAUCUAUCUUUUUAUUUUGAAACUUGUGAAUUUAAGUGCUUAUGUAUUUGAUUUAACAUGUUGAAUUGGGCUCUUUGCCUUCUUAGUCAGCAUUGGUAAUACUCUAAACCCAUGGGUUCUUUUAAGAGAUGUGCAGGUUUAAGAGCAGGAGCAGGGUAAUUUUGGGGAAAUGGUCGGUUCGUUCACAGUGACUCCCCAGAUAAAUACGUUGAACAGUGUAGAGGGAGGGCCUUUGCAGCUAGAGUAAUUGCAAAGAGACAAAGGAGCCUGAGCACGAGGAUGCAGAGGCACGUCUGCGGAAACCGCAGGGCUGGGAAGCAGAACACCUCACAUAAAAACAACCCCUCAUAAUUCCCACAGUGCAAGUUUAACGUGUUAGCUGGUUGUCAGGACCAGCCCCGUGUUCUUGAGUUGAAAAAAAAACAUAAGAGCCCACCACUCUGAUUGAUGUAAUUUAUUGGCUUUUACUCAAGGAGGCAUCUUGGGACAGGGGCUGGGUCUGAUUCUUCUGGCUGUCUCCUAGCACCUCAUCCAGUGCCUGCACUCAACAGGCAGUCGAGGGAUGCUUGUUGAAUUGAAUUAAUGUUGAAGUAGGUUUGACCAGUAUAAAAGUUUUAAAAGAGUGCAAUAAAAAGAUGUCAAAUCUCAUGUUUUGGUAAUAAAAAUAGAUAUUAUGUUCACUUAAA